UCAAAACCCUAAUUUUCGAAUUAAAUACUCAAUACUUUUACAUGGUGUCCUCCUCGAUCCUAUUUUCCCAAACCAAACACGAUCAGUUGGUGUUGGAUGGAAAAUUAUGCAAAUCACACGGUUUAAAAUGAUUAGAUCCAAUCCAAUGGACGUCCCGUUGCGAAGGGCUAAUUUGCGCCACAGUUUCAAUCGCUCGAUCUGAAAUUGAACGCUGGAAUCAUCAACUACCUCAGAUCAGUUGACAUUUCUCGGCUUCAACUGUAACAAGGUUAUUCUGUAAUUAAUCCGUGCAAUAAUUUUACAAAUCCCUGCUCAAUUUCGGAGCGCAAUUGCAAGCGAAACUUGCAGCUCAGACGGCUGAAGACGAUGGCGCCACCGGAAACCACACGGUGGCGCGCAAUCGUAUCAAUUAUCGCGAUGUUGCUACUGAUUUCGCCGUCGAUGGCCAUCUACUGCGACGAAGACGAUUGCUACGAUCUCCUUGGGCUAACGCAGAGUGCAACCCAAUCGGAGAUCAAGAAAGCUUACUACAAACUGUCAUUGAAAUACCAUCCAGAUAAGAACCCGGAUCCGGAAUCAAAGAAGCAAUUUGUUAAGAUUGCCAAUGCUUAUGAGAUAUUGAAAGAUGAAUCCACGAGAGAGCAAUAUGAUUACGCGAUUGCUCAUCCGGAAGAGGUAUUUUACAACACAGCUCGGUACUAUCAUGCAUAUUAUGGUCAUAAGACGGAUGCUCGUGCUGUGCUGGUUGGCCUUCUCUUGAUUCUAUCUGGAUUUCAAUAUCUGAAUCAGUGGACAAGGUAUCAACAGGCUGUUGACAUGGUCAAGAAAACCCCUGCUUACAAAAAUAGAUUACGGGCUCUUGAACUUGAACGAAGUGGAGGAGCAACAAACAAGAAGAAAGGACACAAACAGUUGGAUAAGAAAGUGGAUGAAGAUCUUGGCAAAGAACUGGAGUUGCAAAUAAAAGGAGCUGAGAAGCCAUCUGUAUGGGAACUACUUGGCAUUCGUUUUAUUCUUCUACCUUAUACUAUUAGCAAGUUAUUGUUAUGGUCUGGUUGUUGGUUUUGGAGAUACAAAGUGAGACAAAUACCAUAUUCUUGGGAAGAUGCCGCUUACCUGACGCAAAGAUCACUUAGAGUGCCAAUUGAUGCAUGGAAAGGCAUCGAUGAAUCAACAAAAGAAGACCUUAUUCGGAGAUGUUUAUGGAAGAAAUCCAACUUGGAGAACUACCUGUCGGAAAUUCGAAAAGAAUCGAAACGACGGAGGUAGCCAGAUACGAUUGACCCACAGGCCACAACCUUGUGCUUUUGGAACACCUGCAACAAUUUUCGGUAAAAUUCAACCAAAAUAGUUCACCUAGUCUUACCAUGCAAGAGAAUUAGCUAGAUUUCCUGCGAGUCUGUUACAGCAACCAUAUACCAUAGCAAUCGAAUUAUUGCCUCAAAGUUUAAACUAUUUGUACCAGUUGAGCCUCAUUGUGAUUUGUCUUUGGAAGAUACACAUUUUUGACCGCAAAUCUUUUCUUUAGGUGGUGGUUACACGAGGUAAUUUCUGUUCUUCAGAUCAAUUGUAUCUCUCUGGAUAUCAGUCGGGAAUCUCUUGGUUUCAUGUCAGUACUCGGUACAUUGGGAGUGUUGUAUGCAUUUUUUUUAUUUUAUGAGUUUAAAGUUGCUGCUGAUAAUAUUGUUAUAGAAAUGAAGUAAUUAUCUUAAUAUUUACUUUCAGUAUUCUCCUUGA